UCUAGGUCCUAGACUGAGGAGCAAUUGAGAUACUGCCAAAAGAAGUGAUAACAAGAAUACCGUCAAUCAUGGUUCGCCUAACUGAGUAACACUGGAGAUCAGAGUGGCUGUAGCAUAUAAGAUCGGGCGAUUGCCAUGUACGCGAUGCGACGGACAAUCUGUUACAUAUUGUCCAGGUUCGAGGUGAUACUCAAGAUCAUUGGAACGCGGCAAUUAAACUCCAACCGGCGGUUCUAAUUGACCUCAAUACAUAUCGAAGAGCAAGACAUUAUAAUGGUCUGUCUAGAUCAUGCCAGAGGCCUCGCGGCCUUUGCGUUUGGCCUCACACUCCUAGCAGCCCCAGCAUCAUCACUACAAACCACCCUUGAACCACGCCAAAAGAAGAAUGCCACAAGUCCAUACACAGACGCAGUCUCAGACUACGUCGACUCACUCGAUAAAGAGCUCUGGUCAAUCAACAAGAACAUCCACGACAACCCUGAGCUUGGAUACAAAGAGUUCAAGGCCCACAAGCUUCUCACAUCGUUCAUGAAGAAGCAGAAGGGAUGGAACGUGACCGAUACAGUUGGGGGCAUUGACACUGCUUUCAUGGCCGUGUUUGAUGGCUCAGGUGAUGGUCCUGUUGUGAGCUUCAAUGCCGAGUACGAUGCGCUGGAGGGACUGGGACAUGCCUGUGGCCAUAACUUGAUUGCGACAGCAUCGCUAGGUGGCGCUCUUGCAACCGCUGAGAUCAUGCGCAAGGAGAAGCUUGGGGGCAAGGUCAUUCUCUUUGGCACGCCAGCUGAGGAAUCUCUCGGUGGAAAGGUCAAGAUGCUCGAAGCCGGUGUCUUCAAGGAUGCCAAGAUUGACAUCUCUCUGAUCUCCCAUCCCAGCAACGGCCCCGACACACCGUACAUGCUUGCUCAGUCAACAGAUCGUGUCGAUGUCGAGUACAUAGGUCGUGAAGCCCAUGCUGCAGCCGGGCCUUGGGAGGGCAUCAACGCACAAGACGCACUCCUCCUUGCCAACAGCGCUCUGUCCUACAUGCGCCAACAAAUGCGCACGACUGACCGUGUUCAUGGGAUCAUCCACUCAGCGGGAACUCGUAUCAACGUCAUUCCUGCUGAUGCAUCGGGAAGCUACCAGCUUCGCGCCGCGAACGAGGAGCAAUUGGAGGAACUCUCAGACCGUGUGUACAACUGCUUCAAAGCCGGAGCUCUUGGCACAGGCGCUAAGAUGAACUUUACAACACGACCAUACGGCUAUGCCAAUAUGAACAACAACGACGGACUCGCUGCAUCAUACACACGCUGGUUCGAAGAGCUUGGCGGUGACCUCCCCGAUGCUGAUGUCGACAAGAUGCGAGAGCCCGGUGGUUCAACUGACCAAGGCAAUAUCAGCCAGGAUUUCCCUGCUAUUAGCCCAAUGUUCCAGAUCACCUUUGCUAAUGGAACUGUUCCAAAGAGUGGCCCUCACACUGCGCCCUUCGAAGUCGCAGCGGGAAGCAAGCCUGCUUUCGAGAAGGCUCUCAUGGUCGCUAAGGGUCUUGCUGGUGUUGCUGUGGAUGUUUUGACGGUUGACGGACUGUUGGAUGACAUUAAGGAUGAGUUCAAGAAGACGAAGUCACCGGCUCGACGAAGGAGAUAAAUAGCCGGACAAGAAGUUAGAGCAUGUGUCUGGAUAUGACGAGACUAUAGUGUAACGUCACAAUGGACAUUGGUCGGCAGGCCUGGAGUUGUUCAUCUGUCGUUGAUGAAGUAUAGCGAUACGAAAUGACAUGAAACAAACCUGUAAAGAACCAGUUGAUGCUACUACAGUG